AUGCUCGGCCGAACGUCGUUCGCACGUGGCGGCGGCGGCAACGACGACGAGGAUCAAGACGGAAUCGACCUGUUCGAGGCCGAGAACCUCCCUACGCCCGCUCGCAAACCACCGCAAGCCCAUCCUGGCUACGGCGGCUCGAGCGGAGACAGCCAUAAUCCGCGCACCGAAGGGGGCGACGAGCUGGGCACGACCAACGUCGGCCGCAAGAUGCUCGAGAUGAUGGGGUGGCAGGCCGGCACCGGGCUGGGCCUGCACCGCAGCGGACGGGUCGAUCCGAUCCCCAUCAGCGAGAAGAGGGGGGGCGACCUCACGGGUAUCGGCAAGGCCUCGAUGGACGCCAGAGUCAUUGACGUCUCGACAGCGCAGCGAAAGGGGUUGCGCAGCGAAGCCAUCAUGAACGAGACGGACGAGGAGCGGGUGCAGAGGGAGGCCGAAGCAGCGCGAAAGGCGUCGAUACAAGCCUCGACUCUGGCGGCGCUGCAGACGUAUCGGUGCGAUCUGUGCGAGAAGCAGUACCAUCUUCCAUCCGAGUACGAGGGACACCUCAAGAGCUACGACCACCACCACAAGAAGCGGCUCAAGGAGAUGCUCGCCAUCCAGCGGGGCAACUCAGCCAGCCAGGCUGCGGCCGACAAGAAGCGCGAGCGCGAGAGGAGGAGAGAGGAAAAGGAAAUGGCCCGACUCGCCGGCGCUGCUGGCGUCUCACUCGGCGGAGGCGCUGGUGCCGUGUCAGCUCCGGCUAGCGAGGGUGCGACCGCCCAACAUGCUACGGGCGGCGGCGGAGGGGGCUGGACCGCCUCUGUCAAGCCAGCGUCGAGUGGGGGCUGGAAGACCGUCUCUGCCUCGACGACGACGACGACGACGACGACGACCACACCGGCUCACCACGCCGCGACCACGAAGCCGGUCGUCGUCGCGAGCGGCUGGAAGAAGGUGUCGCAGCCCAGCCACCCGGCCGGCUUCAAGCCUAUCGCCACUCCGCCUUCGCACCAAUCCCCUCCCGCAGCCUCAGGCUUCCGGCCCAUAGCUGCCCAGUCGCCCACCACGCUCUCGAACAGCACGGUUAGCACCGUCGGCGGCGGGGGCGGCGGCGGGGGAUGGAAGAAGCUGGACGCCAUCGGUGCUUCACCUUCCUCGACUUCCGCACCGUCGACAUCUACCGGCCCCGGCGGUAAAGCUGCAGCAGCGGCGGCGGGACCGGCGAAGAAGAAGGCUUUUGUCUCUGGCGGCUUCAUCACGCUCGAUACUUCGACGGUUGCCUCGGUCUCGGAUGCCUCCCAUCGACCUGGGCUUCAGCCUGGUCCUCCUCCUCCGCCACCGUCUCAGCCACCGCCUCCGCCGUCAUCUCAUCCCCCUCCACCACCGCCCGGUCCGCCACCACCACCACCGCCAACUCCUUCGACCCUACCGCCCUCACAGCCGCCGCCUCCACCGCCGUGGUAG